AUGCUCUUCUCCGCCAUCCUCUCCACGGGCAUCGCCCUCCUCGGCGCCACCACCGCCGCCGCGCUCCCCGCCGGCCCGUCGACGGACAACGCGUGCUGCUGCUGUGACGUCAGCCGCGAGGCCAUUGCCUGCACCCACACCAUCAGCAAGGCCGACUGCUUCUGCACCGCCGUCGUGUGCCCCAAGAACGCACCCAUCAUCAUUGACGACUAA